AUAGUCCCAUCCCAGACGAAAAACAUUCCCCACCCACCCGCUACCGCUAGGGUUCCUCCUUCCCUUCCCCGCCGCCACCGGCCAUCGCCGGCCGGCGAAUCGGAGAAGACGCCGCGACUAUCCCGUUCCCGGAGCCGCCUCCACUCGCCACCGCCCUCUCCCCGUCACCAGGCCUCAUCCAUCCGACGCCUCGACGCCAAGCUACAGCCAGCCGGAGCCCUUGCAGCUGCAGCACGGACAACCACACCCUAACCCAGCGACCAAGAAGCCCAGGCCAGCGACGAUCCAUCAUCGAUGGCCGCGGUUCGACACGCAAUGAGGAGGCUCGGCGGCUCCCUGCUCCGGCCAACGGCCACCUCACCGGCAGCGGCGGCGCCAAGGCGGCUCACGCACAGCGAAAGCUUGGCCUCGGAGCAAGCUCGUCACGAGGAGGUGCUGCGCAAGGUCCAGCAGAAGACGGACGAGCUGUACGAUGUGUUGUGCGAGGCGGAGCGGGACUUCUGCACGAGCAGCUGGCGCAACACGCGCAUGCUCCAGCACCUCUCCAUGAGGGUCACGCCGAGGCCGUGGGACUGGAGGUGGCGCAUCCGGCGCUUCAACAGAAGGUUUCACAAUGUGGCAGAGCUUGCCGGGUUUAUCUCGCUCUACUUCGGCUUGGAGGCGCUGAAACAAGAAGUCAAGGAAAAGGAAAAGCAUGCGGCCGAGGCAACGACGGCGUCCUGCCCGAUCGACUGAGAACCAACCAAAGAUCCAUCAAGGACGAGUAGGAGAGGCGAUAACAUUAUCUUGCAUUGCGUUACGACGGACAACCAAAGACGAGAUGGUGAUCUUGUCUAGUGUUAUCUAAUUUGGUAGCUAUCUUUUGUGACCGGUAUUGUCUUGUGUGACAUGGUACUAAGUUGUUAUAUCCAUGAAACCAUGACUUGUUUUGGUUAUCUGCGAAUGCACCAAACCCUAGUUAAAUGUUAAAUGUGUAUGGAUUCUCCAUCGAGCUGGAUUUUAUAGGAGAGUUGGUUCUUUAA